AUGUUGUCCCAACGCACCCCUACAAGAUGUUGCCCCAACCCACCCCUACAAGAUGUUUCCCCCAACCCACCCCUACAAGAUGUUGCCCCAACCCACCCCUACAAGAUGUUGCCCCCAACCCACGCCUACAAGAUGUUGCCCCCAACCCACGCCUACGAUAUGUUGUCCCAACGCACCCCUAAAAGAUGUUGCCCCAACCCACCCCUACAAGAUGUUUCCCCAAACCCACGUCUACAAGAUGUUGCCCCCAACCCACGCCUACGAUAUGUUGCCCUAACGCACCCCUACAAGAUGUUGUCCCAACACACCCCUACAAGAUGUUGCCCCCAAACCACCCCUACAAGAUGUUGCCCCCAACCCACGCCUACGAUAUGUUGUCCCAACACACCCCUACAAGAUGUUGCCCACACAUUCUGGGGAAUACCCUUCUACGCGUACAUGUGCACGUACGCGUAG